UGCACCCUCCAGAGAUAAGUGACUAUUUUGACCACAUGUAUUUCCUUCCACGACAGUUGGACAUUGCGAUUUGCUCCCUUUGUGUCAGCGUAGUUAAAUGCAAUUGUUUCCUUACAAUCAAACUUUAGUUGAGUUCCAAUAUUCUAGGGUUGCACAAUCCACUGAUAGUUAUGAAGGGCGAUCGUGAAACAGAUUGUAUCUGCAGCCACAGCACUCUCCAACUCUUCUCUGUUCGCACACCCUGGAGGGUUUGUAGAAGAUGGAGAAAUAUAAAGAAAUCAUCUACCUUUUUAAAAUAAUUUAGAAAAAUAUAAUGAAUGCAACAUUUUACUGUCUGAUAUUUAAGGAGGGAGGAUGGUCUUGUUCUUGUGAUAUGAAAGCUGAAAUGAGAAAUAAUCUCAAUCUCAACACAAAAUUUAAAAACAAGAAGUGAAGGCAAUACAAAAAAAACCUAAUUGAGCUCCACCACAGCCAGAAAUACAGGUUCGAGCAGCAGAGCAAGAACAUCAGCAAUGUCGGGGUGGUGCCAUCCUUUUGCAUAAAUAACUAAAAAGAGAAGAGUGCUUCUGAGUUAAAAAGCAAGGUAGUGGACCAUUUUUGCAAGCGCCGUACAGUUCCUAUGUCGACAUAUCAGAUGAUGACUUAAAUUGUAACAGGAAUGCGAGGAUAAUUUUAAAGAGUAACAAUUUUAAAGAAUAAACAAAAAACAUACAGGGUAUACUGUAUAGCAAAAGAAGAUGGUCUGCAGUUAGCCUCCUCGACGCUAGAGGGCGUAAUACCACAUCGAGAGCACACAAGUCUGACACUCUUCGGCUUCCGUAGACAGCGUGGAUGUCAAUGACAUUCACAUAGUAAGCUUUCGUAAGUACGCGCGUGUUGAUGCUUGUAAGAUGUCAGUAAGCUUUUUAUUCAGGACUCUCAGUAAAGAUUUGGCAAAGGUCAGCCGGCACCCUUUGCACACAGCAUGUCAUCGUCUUCUGGCAGCUGACAAGAGCCUCCUGGUCAAACUGAGAAAAAGCACCGGCUACACCUUUAUUAACUGCAAGAAAGCGCUGGAGAAGUUUGACAAUGACAUUGCACAGGCAGAGGCUUGGCUGCACGAGCAGGCCCAGAAAGAAGGUUGGAGCAAAGCGAGCAAGCUGGAGGGUCGCAAAGCCGGAGAGGGCCUCAUUGGUCUCUUGAUGAGAGACCAAGUUGCAGUCAUGGUCGAGGUCAACUGCGAGACAGACUUUGUCGCCCGCAAUGAGAAGUUUCAGCAGCUGGUGAAAGACGUCGCCUUCUCCACCUUGGCUCACCACCAAAAUAAAAGCCAAAGUCGGACUGGAUACCUCAAGAGUCUCCUGGCAUCUGACGAACUGAGGAAACUGAGUGUGUCGGAUGGAGCCACCCUCGCCGAUAAGGUGGCUUUAAGCAUAGGUCGCCUGGGUGAGAACAUGUCAGUGAGGCGGGCAGUCACAGUAAGCGUCCCCGCCGAGUGGAACAUUGGCUCGUAUGUUCACGGUGGCGUGGCGGGACAGACCGAGGUGGCCAUGGGACGCUACGGCGCUCUGGUUGUGUUCCAGGGUGGAAAAGAAGAACAACGUCAAAGUUUGGGGCGCAAACUGGGACAGCACAUUGUGGGGGAGGCGCCCACGUCACUUGGUAACAUGGAUGAUCUGCCGUGCGGUGAAAGCGAGACGCGCCUCCUGCCUCAGACUUUCCUGGGAGACCCCAGCAGGACUGUAGCCCAGUUUCUCAAGGGUCAGGAGGCUCGAGUGCUGGACUUUGUCAGGUUUCACUGUGGAGAGAGCACUGGUGAAGAAACAAAGUGAUGGCAUUUUUUUUUUCUUUUCAAAAUGAAAUGUUCAAUUAUUUUUGUUUGAGACAUCAUGAAUUUUAAUGUUAAUCAUUUUUCAUUGUCCAUCGUCCCCUUGCAAAAUGUACUUUUCCCACUCUGGACAAAGGGGGGUGAGGACGAUUGGAGCACAGUACCAAAAAUUAU